GUAGAGUGUUGUGAGUCUAUGAAGCACCUUAGCAGUUUCUUUCGCUCCUCCUAGAAGGCCAGGUGUCACAGGAAAACUUCACUUUGUUAUUACAAGACUUAAGUGGCAUCCAGAAGCGGCAGCGGAUUUACCGGCCUCCUGCUGGGUGGAUGGCAGCACCAUUAAAAAUGUCUCUUCCUUCCUGGAAAUUCAGCAAAGAGUUAGCAUUCCCAGGCUGUUGGAUCUCUUCCACGUUAAUGGAUAACAUUUGAUAUGUGCCCUGUAACUCCUGCCCUGGGACUCGGUGACCGGUGGGGUGCCCGAUGCCUGUAAUCCCCAUUCCCCGCCGGGUCCGUUCGUUCCACGGCCCCCACACGACCUGCCUGCAUUCGGCCUGUGGCCCCGUGAGGACCACUCACUUGGUGCGUACCAAGUACAACAAUUUUGACAUCUAUCUCAAAUCCCGAUGGAUGUACGGAUUCAUCCGUUUCCUGCUGUACUUCAGCUGCAGCCUCUUUACCUCCAUCCUCUGGGUGGCACUCUCUGUCCUGUUUUGCCUUCAGUACCUCGGCAUCCGGAUCUUUCUGCGUUUCCAGUACAAACUCUCCAUCAUCCUCCUCUUACUGGGGCGAAGGCGGGUAGACUUCAGCCUCAUGAAUGAACUGCUCAUCUACGGAAUUCAUGUGACCAUGCUGCUAGUGGGGGGGCUGGGAUGGUGUUUCAUGGUAUUUGUGGAUAUGUAAAUAAAACAAGCGCAUGUGGGCUAAGAAGGUGACUUUUCUUCUACCCCCAAAUGUGUCAAUAUCUCCUUUUCUUUUUUAUAUAAAUUAAUUUAUUUAUCAGUG